UGAAAUGUCCCAACCUGUCAAUGUGACGCAAUACAGUGAGCGUGUCACUUUAAAGCCGAUUCCUUCAACGCAAUCUAAGGGGCAGGUCUUUUCCGUCAUCUGGGACCACAGUACUAGUAGCCAGCUAGAGAUGGCCUUGGAGGUUGUGCUUGUGGUGUGCACGGCUGCUCGGGAUGAGGAGAGGGAGAGCAGAAUCACAGGCAGAGCGAAUGUUUUAUUAAUUCGACAUGUAACAUUGUGUAAGUAGCUAAACUCUAAAAAAAAUAAUCGCUUGAUGGUAACCAGUAGUUCACUGGAGGCAGGGAAUGAAAGCUUGCGGCGGUGCUCUCCUCGUAGCUACACGGUUAAUAAAGGAUUUGGAAAGGAAAUGGUCAAGAUGGCAGCUCCAUUCGGAAUUUGAAGGUGUGGAUUCUUAUCGCUAGCGAGUUAGUGUUGUAGCUUUUUUUUAUUUAACCCGCUUAUUGGAAAUCGUAAACAAACACGGAACGCUGAUUGUUGGUUGUAUACAGUAGCUAGCUAACGUUAUUCUAGAGGAUGCGCUACACGCCAUUCCCAAGGAAGGUGAUGGAAUUCUAUUGGAUCACUUAAAAUGUCGUAUGUAUAAUAAAUCAAUUUGUUUACAGACAGACGCUGCAGUACUAAAUUCACAUAAAACAAUGGCCUUUUGAAUCGCGCCAUCAAGUUGCUGCGAUCAGCAUAGAGAAGACAGUCGAUGGGACGCACGUGGAGUUCCUAUCAUCAGCUGGAGGUGUGGAAUGUGGACCUUGGACACAUAUUUUACUAAUUAUGCAUGCUUUAAAUGAGUCUGACUGGUAAUUGAUUGAUAAUAUUAUGCAUGAUAACCAAACAAAUAAUAGCCUAUUAUUAAUGGAAUGCAACUUAGUUGGUCAGUUUAUACCGAAAACAAGCGAGAAACCAAGGAGAGGAAUAUGGCUGAAGUAUCACACAAUGAACCACACUCUCAGGAUAUUGACAUCGAUCCAGACUUCGAGCCCCAGAAACGACCAAGGUCUUGCACCUGGCCUCUGCCUCGACCAGAGUCCAACGCAGGGAAGCCCGAAUCAAACGAUGACAUCAUCCCCGAGGAAGAGGAUGAUGACGUCACAGCACCCAGCAGCUCUAGCUCUUAUACUGUCAACAAUGUGAAUGGUGGAAUAGCCAUACAUCAGAACACAAAGAACUCUUCUAAACACCCAAGCUUCACCACCACCACUAAGGAAGAAGUACUAAGCCCCACUUCCAAAGAGGAGGGGAGUAAUGUCGAUGGGUCCUCCUUGUCCACACAGACGCAUGCUGUCUCAGCUCUCAAUGGCUUGACCUCCCAACCUAGGAAGUCCUCAGCUAGGAGGAAUGCCUGGGGGAACUACUCCUAUGCGGACCUCAUCACCCAGGCCAUAGAGAGCUCCCCGGACCAGAGGCUGACGUUAUCCCAGAUCUAUGAGUGGAUGGUGAGGUCUGUCCCUUACUUCAAGGACAAAGGAGACAGCAACAGCUCUGCAGGCUGGAAGGUGAGCAGCGGGGUGACAUCACUGAUAUGGACAAUGUUUUCAGUCAUAACACUGUAACAAAGGCUGUGUGAGUGAGCCCAUGUGUUCUUCUGUAGCUCAAUUGGUAGAGCAUGGCGCUUGUAACGCCAGGGUAGUGGGUUCGAUCCCAGGGACCACCCAUACGUAAAAAUGUAUGCGCACAUGACUGUAAGUCGCUUUGGAUAAAAGCGUCUGCUAAAUGGCUUAUUAUUAUUAUUCUUAGGGUGCACUGUCAUCUGCAGGUGGCAUCUGAAUACAAUGCUUUCACUUGGAGUAAACCCGUGCUUUAGGUAGGCUACAUACUGUACAUAUUGUAGUGCGUGUGUCAGGGGUGGGGGCCACAAAAGCUCAACUCAUUAGGGGCCGCAGAUGCUCGCAGGUCUGCUUACCCACACAUGCAGUCAGAGCCGGCCCUAGCCUUUUGGGGGCCCCACGUGAAAUUUUAUUGUGAGUAAAACAUUUUAGUGGCCCCCCCUCUUGACAGCGGAGUAUAUUACAUUUUACGUAGAGAAAAUGUUUUAGUUUUUAAAGCAAAUUUUCUGCAAUUCUUGGGGUUUUAAGGCCUGAGGUCAUAGUGUUCUUAAAGGUGCUCACAUAGCAUUUUGUUGUUGAAUUUUUGCAUUGUAAUUUCAGAAAAUGUCUAUAAUAUAUCUGGCACUAAUAGUGGAAUGAUGGUGUGUCACAGUAUUACUUACCCGCUAGUGUUGUGAUUGGCUGUGAUAUUCGCCUAUUGAUUUGUCCAGAAUGGAAUCUGUUGUGAAAAUGGGAAAGCUGUUCUGACUUUGUGGCUGUGUUAUCUAGUGAAAAAAGCUGUCAUUUCCUGGUUGCGAAAAGUCUACACUGUUCGCUCAAUUUCAGUUCAUCUGAGAAAACAAGCACUAAUUAGUGUAUAAUUGUACCAUCUAAAUUGCUGUUUGAAGCUGGCCACUAAAAUGUUUAAAAUCAAUAGGCGAAUAUAACAGCCAAUCACAACAAUGGCGGGUAAGUAAUACUGUGAAACACUAUCAUUCCACUAUUAGUGGCAGAUAUAUUAUGGACAUUUUCUGGAAUUACAAUGCAAAUUUAAAAAUAAUGAUAACCAGCUGGGAUUGGAAAGUGUGUGGCUGCCUGAUAGACACAGGGUGAGCCAAGGGUGUGCCUGCCCAACCAUGCAUUGCUGCCAAGGGACGCCCCAUGCAGAUAUCACUGUUGCAUGGGGCUCCUCCUGAGCGCUGCCAACACAUCUCCUGUCACCCGGCCUAUGACAGUGCUGUAAUAGAAAAAGAUGCAUACCUACAUUGUCAUUCAGCCCUCUUGAUGAAAACCAUUCAGAGAAAGCUGGACAAUCAGAUGCUCUCUCGAGUUUAGGACAGAACCAUAUAGGCCUACACUAUAGCUCUGGUUAAGGAGAGGUAGGCUAUAUACUGUCAGCCUGGGUCCAAACCGACUUGUUCAGUUUCACUUUAUGCUAUUCGUACUGUAACACUGAGUGGCGAGUUCCUCUGACUGCCACCGUCUUAUCAGGUUAUUUGCAUGUAAAAGAGGCCCUCUGGCCUGCAGGGGAUCUCGGCUCAAUGCAACGAAUCAUAAUAAACACUCUUCUUGUAAAGGAAUAUUUGUCAGCAGUUGAAACUUUAAAACACAUUUCGGGUGACUAGUUGUUAUGUUAGUGGAAGUUUAGGCUAGUGUCCUUUUUGAUCUGAGUUUAGUUAUUAGAGCAGUUUUCAGUAACACGAUCAGAACGAAGGUGCAGUUAAACACAAUUGUGUCCCAAAUGGCAUCCUAUUUCCUUUAUCGUGCAUUACUUUUUACUAGGGGCCCAUAGGGUCUGGUCAAAUGGAAUGCACUACAGUAUGUAGGGAAUAGGCUGCCAUUUGGGACUUACUAAUGGUUGGCUAUUCAUUGUGAUGGUAGAUGGUGAAUGAUAGGCUUUAAUUAUGUAAAAUGGAUACAUACAGCUGAGGAUGAAAACAAAAGGCCCCACUACCUGUCCUCAACUGCCAAUGAAGGUAGUCCUUUUCCUUUCAUUUCUCCCGAGUGGAGAUACUAAUAAAAUGGGAAAAGGUGGAUGAAGAGGGAUUGUUUUUCCUGGGGAGUAUUCAUUAGUUCAGGUAGUCCCUCCCCAUUUCUGCCCUUUUUGUUCCUAGUGAAUACACCAGAGGCCUCUCUUCUACUGCCCUUAUAACCUGGUGGUUAAAGGGAUAGGUCAGGUUUUGGCUAUGAAGCAAAUAUGAAGGAAGUUAGAUGUAAUAAUAAUAUAAUAAGAUGUACUUUCAUGAGCCAAUGCUAACUAGCAUUAGCACUAGCUGUACCCGAAGACUUCCAGUCUUUGCGCUAAGCUAGUUAGCAUUGGCUCACGAAACUACCUCGAACUUCCUUCAUACUGGAUGUAGAAAAAUGGUAUCCAUGAGUUCAUCUGACUCUUGGGAAGUAGAUAAAGGGCUUCAUUGCCAAAAUCCUGAAAUAUCCCUUUAAGCCUGGGCUAGCCUAUAAUUCUGGUCUGCAAAGGGCUCUCUCUGGUCUCUGGUCUCUUGCCUCCGUUUGAUUCUGGGGAUUAGUUUGGGCUGGAAAACCAAUCCGUCCGUCAUGGAAUCGAGUCUAAUGAAAGCUUCAGCUUUGCUGGAUUUAAAUGGAAAAGAGGUCUGGAAAUAGAAAUUGGGUUGUAAUCCUGUGCAACUGUUGGAUAGAGGUUUGUGGGAAAGGAAUAAUGAUCAUAAUAAUAACAAUAAAUCAAUAUCGAGGGUCUUAUUCUGGUGACAUGGGCCGUGUCCGAAUACCCAUACUUGCGUCCUCAAUAGCGGUCCAACUAUUGUAUGCAACAUUUUGAAAAUCAAGUAUGGUUUAAAUCCCAGGAUGUUAUACUCAUUUCAGCUCUUCAUCUAGUAGAUUUCGAUGCACACUUUUCCACAAUGCGUUAGAAGAGGUGGGCUGCUAGUUCUCUUCAGGUGGCAAACAACAAAACUAGGCUACUUAAUUGGGAAGAUGCCCAAAGCUUCUUUGGUGGUGUUCAAAUGUAGUAGUUUUUGUUCUCCUUAAAAUGAUCACAAGUAUUGCAUCUUUGGAAACGUUCUUUAAAAAAAAUGACAAAUCCCAAAGUGGAUUUCUAUUUUCUCACUGAAGUGUUUCUUCUUCGUCAGAGCUUUUAAACUAAAUACUAAACCAUCUUUUGAUUUCUGAAUCUGUUGGCAACGGGGACUCGGAAUGUGGCUGCGUUAUUGAUGUCCUGUUAAUCAGGCCUUUUGAUUUGAACAUAUGGAUUGUUUUUUAGUUUUGUUGGCAAGGCUACCUAUUUAAUUUAUGGAUCAAGCCAUAGCAGUCAUUCUGAUCUCGUUCCCAAUGAUUAGUGCUUUAGUUUAUUAUGUUGCGGUUUUGAAUUUGCAAUGUUCUGAAUUUGCGAUGCACCCGACUGUCCGUUUUUCUGUGCAAUAGCCUUUUGAUUUGAACAUUUUGAAAAGUUUGGGUGUAUGUACUAGGCUAUUUGAUCUCAUUUAUAUACAGUACCAGUCAAAAGUUUGGACACACCUACUCAUUCCAGGGUUUUUCUUUAUUUUUACUGUUUUCUACAUUGUAGAAUAAUAGCGAAGACAUCAAAACUAUGAAAUAACACAUGGAAUCCUGUAGUAACUAAAAAAAGGGUUUAACAAACCAAAAUAUAUUUUAGAUUAGUAGCCACCCUUUGCCUUGAUUACAGCUUUGCACACUCUUGGCAUUCUCUCAACCAGCUUCACCUGGAAUGCUUUUCCAACAGUCUUGAAGGAGUUCCCACAUAUGCUAAGCACUUGUUGGCUGCUUUUCCUUCACUCUGCGGUCCAACUCAUCUCAAACCCUCUCAAUUGGGUUGAGGUUGGGUGAUUGUGGAGGCCAGGUCAUCUGAUGCAGCACUCCAUCACUCUCCUUCUUGGUCAAAUAGCCCUUACACAGCCUGGAGGUGUGUUGGGUCAUUGUCCUAUUGAAAAACAAAUGAUAGUCCCACUAAGCGCAAACCAGAUGGGAUGGCAUAUCUCUGUAGAAUGCUGUGGUAGCCAUGGUGGUUAAGUGUGCCUUGAAUUCUAUUGCCACUAUAUAUAUCUGGUACAGUAGUGUACUGAUACUCUGUACACAUAGGAAGAGAUUUAGUCUGCAUAUUAGGAAGGGAUUUAGCCUAUAAACUGCUGACUAUAGCACGCUGACUGCUUUAGAGAUCACCAUUUAGGUCUUAGUUUCUAUAGGUUAGUGCUAUUCUUCUAUUGCCACUAUAUAUCUGGUACAGUAGUGUACUGAAACUCUGUACACAUAGGAAGAGAUUUAGUCUGCAUAUUAGGAAGGGAUUUAGCCUAUAAACUGCUGACUAUAGCACGCUGACUGCUUUAGAGAUCACCAUUUAGGUCUUAGUUUCUAUAGGUUAGUGCUAUUCUUCUAUUGCCACUAUAUAUCUGGUACAGUAAUGUACUGAUACUCUGUACACAUAGGAAUAGAUUUAGUCUGCAUAUUAGGAAGGGAUUUAGCCUAUAAACUGCUGACUAUAGCACGCUGACUGCUUUAGAGAUCACCAUUUAGGUCUUAGUUUCUAUAGGUUAGUGCUAUUCUUCUAUUGCCACUAUAUAUCUGGUACAGUAGUGUACUGAUACUCUGUACACAUAGGAAGAGAUUUAGUCUGCAUAUUAGGAAGGGAUUUAGCCUAUAAACUGCUGACUAUAGCACUAUCUCAGUUAUUAGACAGUGUGGCAUUAAGCAAUAUAAGAUUUAGGCUAGGCUGUCCAUCUGUAUCGGCUGGGCUGGGGCAAGGACUGUACAUAAUGUCCUUUAAUGAAGAGUGAUUUGGAGCUAAUCGUUGACGUUGGCAAUCUAUACAGUAGGUAAUCCAGCUCCCACUUUGAUAAUAACUCAAUGUUUAAUGUCAUACAUUAGUGCUUGUGUUCAACCUUGAAUAUAGCUUCAAUAGCUUGUAUUUAGUCUUGCAGUCAACCCAACUCGUUCCAUACAUAACUUACCCAUUUAGUGCACAUUUGUCCUAAAACAUAUUUGAAAGUCCUUAUUUUUUACAGAAUGUAUGCAUUAUGUCUGGUUGCUAGAUAAUGCACCCUUUGCUGUAGCUAUUGUUCUGGUACAGUGUUAUGGGCCUACCUACUAUGGUUCGUUUUUAAUCAAUGGGAGUCGUGCAAUUGGUUGCUGUGCUCCAUACCUCCAUUUUUUUAUUGGCUGGUGGCCUGAGCACAAGAAUCAAUCAGCUGACUGGAAACUAUGUAGGUCAAUGUGUAGCAGUGAGAGAGAGAUGGGGGGAGGGAGAGUGAUGGCAAGGGAGAAAUAGAGGGUGUCUGUGAGGGAGAGACAGAUGAUGUGAGGGGGGCCGAGAAAUAGAGGGGGACAGGCGUGCUGCUGUUUUACUCUGGAUCUGACGUUGCUUUGUGUAGGCUGGCAGAGCUCUGGUGUCUGUGUCGGUUUGUUUCUGUUGGUUUGUCGGUCUGUUCACAAUGAGGCUUUGGUCAAAGGCUGCUACCGGCUGCUGCAUCAGCGCUGCUGUUGUAUGACCGUGUGGGGGAAGGGAGCACUACAGUGGGUGCUUUUAGCUCUGUCUUUUUACAGAAAGCACUGCAUAUCGAGAUCACAUUUUACAAUAUUCUUCCCUCUGCAAAAUGCACAGACCUAUUAAAUUAAAUGGGUCAAACAUCACCGGUUUUAGUAUACGCCCCCUUGGAUUUCAAUCAGAGGUCUUCAGAUAUACUAUGCAUCUUGCUUAGUAGUGUCAGUGUUUAUUGGUUUCGAUGUCAGGCAUGAUGCAUUAGAUCUAUUUUGCACACCAGGAAGAGGUUGCUGCCAUGUAGCAUUGUCCAAUGUCACAUCAAUGGAAGACUUGCAGAAAAAAUUCAAGGUAUUCAGAUCACAUGCCUCUGGUAAUGGUACACAUCGAUUCCCAUUUCGGUCAACUCAAACUGUUGAACCUCCUUUUGAGAAGAACAGGUUUGAGAAGAACACUCACCCACAGACUGUUGUAAAUUGUCUGAAGUCUUGUACAUGCCCCUGUUUCUUGCUCCACACAAAAGAGGACUUGGAAGAGAAAAAUGAAGUCUGCACAUUGCAUGAUACACUUUCAGACAGGUUUUUGAGGAGGUUUUCAAAUGUGAUUAGACUUAAUAAAUGCUAUUCCAACUCUUCCCUAGAGGGCUUGAGUUCAACUACAUAGCUUGGCAACAAAGGCAUGACUUUAACUGAAUAGUCAAUGUAAAGUUCCAAGAUCAGGGGAAAGCCUAAAAAUGUAGUCCAUAGAAUAUGACUGAGGGGUUAGGCUUUUGACUGUCUCGGCCACAAAGAAGGAAAUUCCUUUUGAUUUCACAGUCUGAGAGCUGAAAAGCAACCAGAGGCCAUGUAUUCUUGUAUGCACCACAACAAUAAAACACAAAUGUUUGUUUGUUAUGAAUUGGCCUACAAGGAAAAGGUCUGGAUUGGGCAACAUGGGUUCACAAACUUCGCAUUUCAAAAUGGGCCAGUUUGAUUGGAUUAUAUAUGGGAAAAUGCAAGAAAUACAACAAUGUAUACAUUUAGAUCUGAGGUAGGUUUGUGUAACCUAAUCAGCUAAAUUGACACAGGAGAGUAUUGUGACAUUUUUUACAAUAUUAUCUUGAUGCUAUGACUCCAAGUAUCGAAAAUAAAUAAUAAUAAGUAGUUAACUCUAGCUAGCGCUAGUCAGCUGUACCUGUGCCAAAACUCCAGUAUUUCUCAUUCUCUAGCUUGUUCUCUAUCUUAUUUUUUAAAUGGUGAGCCAACAUGUUUCCAGCACUUUUAUGUCCAUGACUGAUCAAAACUCGUUUUCUCAUGGCUCUCUCUUGUCCCUCUGCAGCAGAGAUGGUGAGCAAAAUGUUUGGAAGAUCGAAUCACAAUAAAAUGGCAUUAUUGAAUCGCAGUACAUUUAGAAUCGUUGGAAUCACAAUACAUAUUGUGUCAGCACCAAAGUAUCGUGAUAAUAUUGUAUCAUGAGGUCCCUGGCAAUUCCCAGCCCUACAGCUAACCAUAGUCAUACCCACAGUGGUUGGCAUGUUGCAAAGUCCUAUCAACCUUGCCAGGCUAGUCAAUAAGUAAAAGAACGGCUGGUGAGUCGUGCAUUUAAGAGUUCAAGAAAAGAGAAGCAUGUUUCACUCCUGACUGACUGGAUGAUGAAAGUGUUUCACUGGUUGGUUUAAUCCUGUAAUUGGCUUGGAGCGAGUCAGUGACCGAGGGCUUUUCUGGAAGUUUGAUGUCAACAGACCAAACCAUUGACCCAUAUUAAAAUAUACACAGAACAGCCCACUGACCCAUAGGAAAGCAUGGGAAGGGUUGCUCAGACCAGCCCACUGACCCAUAGGAUAGCAUAGACCGGUUUGGUCAGUGAUCAUUCUCACAUCACAGAACUUUCCAGCUUUGCAGAGUAGACAAACUGUUUAUGUGUGCAUAUCAAAUGUUGCUAGGCAAAAUGGUAGAGGCGCUUAGGACUACCCUCUACCCUUGACCACUCCCACCUAUCCAUACAUAUCUCAUUAACCCACCCUUCUCCAAGCCCUGGUGCUGCAGAGCCUUACUGCGUUAACCUCCUCUCCCCUGCUUCGCUCUGUGGCAGUACUCGGUUAGCGUAACCUGAAUGCACAGACUCCAGCCCUUUUUUAAUUUAGAAGCUACAUUUUACAUUUUAGUCAUUUAGCAGACGCUCUUAUCCAGAGCAACUUACAGUUAGUGAGUGCAUACAUUUUCAUACUGGCCCCCCGUGGGAAACGAAACCCACAACCCUGGCGUUGCAAGCGUUGCCAUGCUCUAUCAACUGAGCUACAUGGUUGAGAAUAUCUCCAGGGAAAUCUGUUAGACCUUUUACAGCAGCAGGCAGAAAAUAGGUCACAGCUGCAUUGGAAUGCUGUGUCUCCCAGAAUAAGACCCACACAUUGCAUAAGUAUAUAUAUAUAUAUAUAUAUAUAUAUAUAUGUGUGUGUGUUGUUUUUUCCCUUUUACUUUUCUUCUUAGCUUUAUGCCCAUAUGUGUGUAUGAUUGAGCACAGACCUUUCUUACAGAGGUUAAGACAUUUUUCACAAGUCUCCAUAUAAAAACUACUUUUUGGAGCAAUUGUUACCACUUACCACCAAGAAUCUUUAACAUCAAAGACAAUCCACACAUUUGCAUCAGGAAUGAAAUCAAUACUGCAAAAUUUGCAUGCAUUGGGCUUUUUUUGUUUUUUUGUUGCUCUUAUACCUGUGUAGUAACACUGUAAUUAAACAAGUAACAACGUUGUAUUAACCUGUUGUUAUAGUGUUACACAAAGCCAACCCUUUCCUCUCCUCUAUCUCCAGAACUCCAUCCGACACAACCUGUCUCUCCACAGUCGUUUCAUGCGGGUGCAGAAUGAAGGAACGGGGAAGAGUUCCUGGUGGAUGGUCAACCCUGAGGGUGGGAAAGGUGGGAAAGCUCCACGACGACGGGCCGUAUCCAUGGACAACAGCAACAAGCUGAUCAAAGGUGCUCGAGGCCGCGCCGCCAAGAAGAAGGCAGCUCUAGGCCUACAGGCCGUCCAAGAUGGCAGCUCCGAGAGUUUAUCCUUAUCUUCUAGCUUGUCCAAGUGGACAGGAAGUCCCACGUCCCGCAGCAGCGACGAACUGGACACCUGGACGGACUUCAGGUCUCGUACCAACUCCAACGCCAGUACGGUCAGUGGGCGCCUCUCCCCUAUCCUGGCCAACCCAGAGCUGGACGAGGCUCUGGAUGAUGACUCCAUCUCUCCCCUCUCCCCCAUGCUGUACUCCAGUCCCAGCAGUUUGUCCCCCUCCACCGGCCCCCUGGGUCUGGCCGACCUGGCCCUCACUAUGGACCUCGAUGACGGGCUCCCUGACGACCUGAUGGGUGACCUUCUGGACAACAUCAGCUUGACGGCGUCCCAGCAGCCCCCGGGGCAGGAGGUGGAGAGCAGAGGAAGCAAUCAGACAGGGAGCUCCGUGUUAACCUUCAGCUGUUCAGGAAGCAGUAGUAGUCUGGGCGUCCCAUCCUCCGGCAGCUAUGUCCCUCCCAUCUCCAUCUUCCAGCUCAGCCCCCCGUCCUCCUCAGUGACCUCCCUACGCCAGUCCCCCAUGCAGACCAUCCAGGAGAACCACCAAGCUUCCUUCUCCUGCCUGUCCUCUCGUUUCAACCACCACCACACCCUGCUGAGCCUGGAGACACAUGGCAGCCAUGUCAGCGACAUCAUGCUCACGCACUGUGACCCACUGAUGUCACAAGCCAGCGCCUCUGUCACUUUGUCCCAGAAUUCCCGGCGGAAUGCCAUGCUGCUCCGCAAGGACCCUAUGAUGUCAUCAAACUGGGACGGUGCUGCGGGUCCAAAUUCCCAGACUUCCUUAAUGCCUGGUUGGCGGGCUCAGGCUGGCUUGUCUACGCCUAACAAUGAAGUGUUGUGCUCAAGCAAUGACUUGGACCAGCAGGCCAAGCAGCUUCUCCAGCACCUACCAUCUCCCAGUAGAAACUAUUCUAUGCAGCUUGGUGGCUCUGGUACCAACAACAGCACUUCUAGAAAGCCGUUGCAGUUGACCACUCCGGACUGCUUUCCAAUCCCUCCCAUCCCUGAUGAUCUGGAUUUGGACGUGUUCAACGGCAGCCUGGACUGUGACAUGGACACUAUCAUAGGUAAUGAGCUGAUGGACGCUGACUGUCUUGAUGCUUUGUGA